UUCUUAGAUACUGUUGAUAUCGAUUUUCUCAAGGUUCCAUACACAGCAGGAAAAAUGAGUAAAGAGCGAGCCAAGAAACCAACCUUCUUGACGCUAACUGAAAAUCAAAAGCUUUUUCUCUCCCUAAUUAACGAAUACGCGGCCGAAAAAAUGCAAGGAGAGAAAAGCGUCGUUGUUUUGAGGAAGAGAAUGGAAGAACUUCGAUCUGAGCUUGAAGCGGCCAAUGCUGAACUUGAAAACGUCAAGCAAACCAAAGAAACCACUGAACAGGAGCUUAAAGGCUGUGAAGUCGAUUUGUCUCUGAAUGAAACUUCAAUUACGACUCUCGAGACGAGGAUUUCUGUGCUACAAGGUGAAAUUGCAUCUGUUGGGUCUGAGUUAGACUCUCUUAAGUGUGAAGGAGGAGCCGCAAGGAACCAGUUCCUCGAUCACAUGUCAGAGCUUGAUGAAAAAAUCAGGAAAUUUCAAUAUCAACUGUACAUAAAGAAUACUGGUAUAGUUCCUGAUGGAGAUGCUGCAGAAGAAUCCCAUGAACUGGCGGGAGAUGAUACGAAAACGUCUGAAUCUGUUGAGGACAGGCUUAUCAAAGUAAUAACUCAAAUAACCAAUGAAGACGAUGCCUACCUAUUAGAAGAACAAAUGAAAAAUCAGAAUCGGCAAAUGUCGAUUAAUCUAGAGAAAAGGAAGGCUGCGAUGGCGAUGAUGCAGAAAGGAACAACAAAAUUGGAAGAUUUGACUAGUUCUGGACCGGAAGGGUCAUAUAAUCGUCUCAGCGAGACAUUGCUGAAUAGUUGCAUAUGCCCUCAAUGUUUCCAUGACAAUUCGGAGGCCUGGGACAACAUUCCUCAGUAAUGCUCGCACAUCUCUCUUGGAAGAUUCCAUCUCACUCUGGGAUUUCCUUGAGAGCAUUUCAAUCCCAGAGUGUAGAAAGUACGAGUUUUUGUAGUUAGCGAAGUUGAAAACUAGAAAAACUCGAGUUUUGUGUAGUUUUAGGCCUCUUUUUUUUUUUUCAGGGUAAUAAAUGUUGCAA